UCAGCUGUCGGUGACAAAAAGCUAUUAACGAGCAUCACGUUCACUGUGGACUAACUUCAAAAUUUUUAAUCAAACGUCAUUCAAACUUCCAAAUAGAAAAGCAAAAUUUACGUAAAAUGUUUCGAAAUUUGAUACAAAAGCUACCCACUUUUCAGCGGACGCGGAAGUCCGAAUUUUCACAUAAACUGCCGAAAGGCGGUUACCGCUCUCUGUCUCCGUUCCAAAUAUUCUCUGGCAGCUCGAAACCUCAGCGAUCCCAAUCAUGUCCACCGGAAAAACGCGAACUCACCGAAAACGUCGAUGUCAAAUCGACGCCGCGUUCUUAUAGUCGGGAAUCGCGACACGGCAGCAACGGACGAAUGAAUGACAAGUACGAGACGGAAAUCAAAUGGCGUGAAUCGCCGAUUCCCGCCGCUAGAGCGCGCGAGUCGAAACAAUUGGAUGAAGAGUCGAUCGGUAAAGCACAUCAGCGAGAGGAGUUUAUUCCGCCACUCCAGCAAUACGAACUGGAGGCCGCGAAACCCCGCGAACCCAAAAGCACCCAGCUAAUCGAGGCAUUUCAAUCGAAGACGGAAAAAACCAUGUACGGCGUACAACUGCAGCCGAACGAACUCAAACCGUUCGGCUCGCAGGACAACUUGUACUCGCCGAUCCUCAUCAAACCUGCUUCCGCGGUAAAGGGUCCGACGAGGAGGAGGGUGGCCGACGAAGAGGUCUCCCAAAUACGACUACCUCGCGAUGAUUUUCACAGAAAUUACUCCACCGAUAGGAUGGCGUUUAAGAUUCCGUCUCGAUUCGACAUAUGUCCGCCGAAUUUCUACGCGGGGACGAACGACGCCGAAGAGGAUAACGAACGGGUCGAGUUCGUCACUCCGGAAAUGCGGGAGGCGAGAAGACUGACGGCCAUCAGCGGCGCCGAAGGUGUCAAUUAUAAGCCCAGCUACUCCGAUCGGAUGAAGCUGCUUCCGAAGGGGGUAUCAAAAAUAGAGCGACUCAACGUGCUCGCUGUUGAUAUGCGUCACAAGGCGCGCGGCGUAUGCAUAGAUAUCCAAGAAAAACGCGCAUUGAGUACGCACUCCGGCAACGCUGCUGUACAUAAACCAGUCGAUCUGAAUCGGCAACAGAGGAACGACUAUUCCAAGUCCAAAACGGAGGACUGUUCUGACGUGUGCACGGAAAUGAAACGGCGACGGCAACCACGGCCCAGGUACACAGCCGCACACGAGCCGAAGCCCUGCAACGUGCCUACCCCCACCAAAAUCUACCUACCCUCCAAGGUGAAAUUGUCCGUACCCCCGUGCACCCCGAGACCCGCUUACGAGGACUGCAAGCCAAUCAACUAUUGCCCGCCGCGGGCGGACGACUGCCUGACGAUGCACCCCAAAAAGCUGCCUUUGUUGGAGGCGAAAGAAUGCCCUUGCGUGGAACCAGAGCCGCCGAAGUUCAGCCCCAAGCUGCGUCGGCUUCCUGUUAAGUCAGAGGAUCCUCCAAAGGAGGCGUGUCUCGUCGUAGACGCGUGCGUAAGGCCUAGAGCUGACGACGCGCAGCCGUACAGCUACAAGCCGCUGAGGCCUUACGUUCCCGGCACGUGCGCGUGCGUCGACGAGCCGCCGAUGACGAACGUGAAACUGAAGAGACUGCCUAAAUGCGAGCCCGAGGACGUGUGCCGACCUGUUCGGGUGUGUCCGCCGCCGACGCCUUGUCCGCCAAGAGCGGACGAGUCGCUCGUCGAGCAACAGAAAAAAUUGCCCGUGCUCGAGACGAAGCCGUGCGCGUGCCUGGAGGAACCGCGCAUGAAACCGGGACCGCCAUUGGUCAGACUCGAUCUCGACGUCGCGCAGCCGCCGCGCGCCUGUCCUACAAAGGACGACGCUUGCACAAAGCCUGACCGCGCGGACAAGGACUGGGUGUCGAAGAAGAAGACUCUACCUGCCUUCGUACCGGGCGAUUGUCCGUGCGAGGACCGACCGAUGACUGACGUGAAGCUGCGCAGGCUCCGUUGCGUCGAUGAGCCGCAGGAAUGCGUGGUUCCUGACCCGUGCACCACCUUCCCCAGGGCCGACUGGGGCUGUUGGGAGUACGUCGCAGAGGAGUGCGCGGAAGUCGACCCCGAGUGCGUCAUAGAUCGGAAAGGGAAUUGCGAAACGGAAAAGAAAGUAUCCAAAGCGCAUGCGUGUGACAAGCCCGAUGUGUGCCGCACACACGGUACCAGGGACGUACAGUACGAUUCGAGGAGAAGGUACAACACGACGGCGUCCGGGUCGAUGGGGUUGUUCAAUCGGAUCAAGGGACGCGUCGCCGACGUUCCCGAUAAACCCACAGUCACCGUCAAGGUCAAGCGGAGCAAGAGGAAGAUCGCGUCGCCGACGCUAGUGCUCGUCAGGCGCCUGCGCGAGUUGGACCGACACAAACCUCACGGCCUGUUAUUCGAGCCGCAAAUAGAGGGGAGUGAAGUGAAUCGUACACCCGCAGAUAACUAUUCCGGCUCCGUUAAAGUCAAAAGUCGAAAACGCGAGGUGGCGAAGAAGACGUGCAGUACGAUGCGGCCCCCGGAGGCGCAGCCUUGUCGGGACGGCUCAUGCCCCAAGCACGAGAUGUUAUCUUGCUCGAGGUCUGAGCAACGGCCGCUGUGCAACGCCGAACGUGUACCCGUGUGCUGUGAGAAGGAGGAAGCGCCCUACGUUGCGUACUCGGAACGCGCCUACGGCAAAAUCGAACCUUACACUAGUACGUCCCAGUGGACGUGCGGCAACAGUCGAUACGGGUUUCAUCCCAACAAUAAGAAGAAGCGCGUGUCUUGGGAUAAAUCAGAAACGAAGACAAAGAAGUUUAGUACUGCCGCUCUGAUCGGCGAACUGCCCCACGGCCGGAUGUCGUAUAAAGGUUUGCAAAAGCCGGAUCAGAGUUCGAAAAUUUUGCAACGCGACAUGAGCGGCCGCGCAUUCAACCCACGUGCCCGCGACCCCGACAAAGGUCUGCUAAAUCGCCAAACGUACGCCUCGAAACUGUUCCAAAUUGACGACUCGAACCCGAACCGCGACGCCGACGACGACGCCGACCGAGCGAUAUCGUGCGUCGACGUCGACGACGACGUCGCCUCAAAUCCCGGCAAAGUCGCGGGGCCUUCGACGCCGCCGGCGAAACCACCCUACCCGGCGUUCUCUGAUUGCUUGAACCAAGAUCUAGAGGACCGGCUGACCGAAUGCCCAUUCGAUAAAAAACGCUACUUGGCAAUGCAGCCGAAAUUUUUAAACGCGAAAACGGAAUUUUACAAACUGAACCCGCCCGAGCCCGAGCAAGGCAAGAUCGACGUCUUGAAGGAGCAAGAGUGUAUCAGAGAAAAACUCGCUGUCGAAUACGAAGGUCUGACGCAGACGUGUUCCGAUUUCGGCGAUCCGGUCGAGCUGGUAAAGUCGCGGGACAUCUUCAGCUCUCACAACAAGGACUGCGCGCGAAUCGAAGAAUUGAAGAAACUCGGAAGAUGGCCGCCGAAGACUAUCCGACAAAACCGGCGCUUUUCAACGGUCACGGGUUUAAACGCGAUCCGCGAACUGUCUGGCGAAUAUUUGAUCUGCCAGGCCGAAGUGCGCAGAAUACACGUUCGCCAUGUUAGAACCGUCGUGGACAAUUGGGUACCGGCGGGCUGUAAGAGGUGCUAUUCGACUAUUAAGUUCGGACCGCAGAGAUGGCGUGCCAGAUCGAAAUGCGAUCGUUCAAAAAAACCAUGCCCGAAGUUUACCCUCAGCAACUGCCCGCCAGUGUCAGAUCGGGGGCGGUGCCAGAGGGAGCCGAUUACGCAACCCUCCGUUAAACCAUUCACGCCGUAUGCGUCGUAUUCGGAGAACGACGGUGCCAAAUGUUCGUUCCAUGAAGAGUGCGAGUGCCUCCAGCCGCGGUACCCUAUUUUGCCCGAGAUCGAAUCGAGUAAACAGUUUCCCACAGCGGACAAGUUGGAUCCGUCGCUCAACCGCCACUAUCUCCAAUGUAAACACGGCACGCGUCCCGAGGGCUUGACCCUCGACUGCGACACCUUCGAGAAAUACGUCGCUGCCAAGUCGAGGCAGGGGGCGGAAACUGUUGAAUUCGUCGUCGAUUCUAGAUGCGACGACGAAGGUAAAACCACGUGCUGCAGUCAAACUCCUCGUGAAACCGUCGAAGAGAUCGAACCCAAGCCUUGCGAAUACCCACCGCCUGGCCACAUCCCCGAAGAGGAUAGCAAGUGUCUGAAAGAGCAGCGCGGAGGCGUCAUCGCCAAGUCCAAAAUGGGCGGGGCCAGCGGCCCCGUUAGCUUCUUCGCCGCGCUAUGGCAACUGAUGGCAAACUACUUCAGAGCGCGACCUAAUUGUCCUGAACCGGGUGAUUACAAGAGGAUGGCUCUAAGAGUGAAAGCGGAGAAGGCGGCCAAAGCGGCCGGUCUGGUAGCUGUUGAUCCAAAUUGCGUCCCGCCCGAAGUACUGAAGACGAUCAAGUCAAAUACCGAUUGCUUACCUUGCUCGUCUUCGUCGUCGCCAGCUAGGAGACAGUUCAGCACCGCAGCGACGAGGAGGUGUUACUCGAAGAGUGUCGACAGUGAGAAUCUCAAAGAAAUCAAUCGGAUCUUGGAAGAGGCGGAGUCGAGGUUAGAGGAAACGGAACCGGCUACGUCGAAUGUGGGUACCGAAUUCAUUGCGUUUCAAACGAACGAGGCGAACUGGGCCGACUUUAAAAGGUCGCUGGAGUGCGAAAUAUGCGGAUUUCCGGUAACCAAGCGAAGAAGUUCGGAAAAUUAUUGCGGGUAUUCCGAGGUAUUGCCGAGCAGGGAGAAUAUUAUGGAGAAAGCGUGGACGGUAUGUGUUGGUUCAUCGAACGAACCAUACAUGGAGCCCACUGACGACGAUAAGUCCUCCGGUAUCGCAGAUUGCGAUUGCGACGAAGAGAGCUACCGGAACGAGCAAGAUAUUUUGAACGAGUUGGAGAAAUUGCUGCGCAAACCUGAUAAAGACAAGUGACCGUUUUAUCUUGAUUUCGUCACGUUCAUGUUGUUGUCGUGUCGGGUAAUAAAGGUUCGAUUGAUGACGUUAAUGCUCUUUGAUUUAUUUAAAUCAUAGUUGUUUUUGUAAUGUUAGUAAAAAAGUAUUAAUAAAUUUGAAUACUUCGUUUUUAUAUGCAGCGCGGAAAUAUAAUUUGGCAACUGGCAUAAAUGGACGCUAUAUAAAUUAUUAGUAGUGUUUAUAGUCAAUAGCAGUUUGUAAAUGCGAAUUCACUUUUGGACUUUGUUAUUUUAAACGAAAUAAAUUGUCAGUUCAGAUACAAAAAUAAAUGACAAU